CAUAUCUUCUGUCUGUGUUUUGCCUUCAGAGUGAUGUCAUCGUAUUUCGUUGUCAGCGCACAGAUAAUCCUCAUAACCCUUUGCCUGUUGACCAAAACGGAAGCCAAAUUCAAUGCACAGAAGCGAUCCCGUUCCCUCGUGCCGACGCGCCCCGACUCUCGACUGAAUUGCCUGCUCAACGAUCUGCUGCACAGAUUCCCUGGGGGCAGUUGCAUCACACACCAGGCGGUGGAUGCGGCGUUCGAAAGCGCGUUGGCUGCGAGAGGGAUCUUGCGAGGGCCCGUGGGAGAGUGGGAACCCGAGGACAUCGCUCCCUUAGGUGAUGUUAUCCUAGACACGGCGCGCAUCCUGGCCAGAACAUAUAAACUAUCCGCCGAGGAGAUAUGGACGCUGCUGCCCAAAGUGGACGUGGGCGAGACGCUGGUGGCGAAGUACUGCCCUGACUUCGCCUCUCCCAUGACCUGCGUGCCCGGGAGAUACCGAAGGCACGAUGGCCUCUGCAACAACCUGCGCUUCCCGACGUGGGGCGCGACCAGGACUGCUUUUGCGAGAUUGGUCCCCCCGGCGUACAGCGACGGUUUGGGGGCGCCGCGAGUGAGCCGAAUCCCCGGUGGCUCCCUCCCCAAUCCCCGCAGGGUGUCGUCCAGCAUCCACCGUGACAAGGGCUACCACGACCACGCCAUUACGCUCUUCGGCAUCGCCUGGGGGCAGUUCAUGGACCACGACUUCACCCUCACCGCCACGCCCCUGGAUCCCCUGACGAGGAACGAGCCCGAGGUGUGCUGCCACCCUCCUCCAGGAGUCCCCAAAGACCCUCACUGCCUCGAGAUUACUAUACCGAAGGACGACAGAUUUUACAAGCUGUAUGGGCAAUCUUGCCUUGAGUUCGUGAGAGCUUUUUCGGGCGUCAGGCAAGAUUGCAAGUUAGGUCCUCGCGCACCCUUCAAUAUCCUUGCUGGGGUGAUUGACGUCAACACGGUCUAUGGCAGCACUGACAAACACGCGAGGUCUCUGCGGUCGUUCAGGGGCGGGGAAAUGAGAAUGAACAACGCCUUCGCAUCCUUGGGCCUCCGUGCACUCUUGCCGCAGAAACUCGACGUGCCUGACGAAGGAUGUACAAGGACUUCUCCACAUCAGUAUUGUUUCGACGCCGGAGAGAUUCGGGUCAACGAACAGCUAAUCCUGACCACCAUGCACACCCUUUGGUUCAGAGAGCACAAUCGCGUGGCGGGUCGAUUGGCGAAUCUCAACCCUCACUGGGACGACGAGACACUCUACCAGGAAGCCCGGCGCAUCAUCAUUGCUGAAGUCCAACACAUCACUUUUAACGAGUUCCUUCCUCUGCUGUUGGGGAAGGAAGUCAUGGCUGAAUAUGGACUUCUUCCUGAGAAAGAGGGUUAUUACCACGGCUAUGACCCCACGGAGGACCCCAGCAUGACAGCGGGGUUCGUCAGCGCCGCCUACAGGUUCGGCCACUCCCUUCUGCCUUCGACGGUCGAGCGGUGGAGCCCCUCGCAUACCAUCAUAGGCUCCAAGCGACUGAGCAAACUGAUCCGACAGCCGUGGGACCUCUACAAGGCAGGGGUUCUCGACCAGUAUUAUCUCGGACUCAUGAACCAGCCCGCCCAGGCCAUGGAUCCUCACAUCACGCAGGAGGUCACCAACCACCUCUUCGAGGACCCCGGCGAACACUUCGGGAUGGAUCUCGUGUCCCUCAAUAUCCAGCGAGGUCGGGAGUUCGGCAUACCCGGCUACACGACGUACAGGAAGUACUGUGGUCUGUCUCCCAUUCGUAGCUUCCAAGAUCUUGCCCGUCAUAUGACCAACGGUACAGCUUACCGAUACAGCCAGCUCUAUAGGACGCCACUUUCCCCCUUCAGCCACGUGGACGACAUCGACCUCUGGAGCGCCGGCGUGUCUGAGCGGCCCCUGUCCGGCUCCCUCCUCGGCCCGACCUUCUCCUGCCUCGUCGCCGCGCAGAUGAGGAGGCUGAGGCGGGGCGACAGGUACUGGUACGAGGCGCCGGGGCAGCCGUCGUCGUUUUCCUUGCGUCAGCUGGAUUCCCUGCGUCAGGCUAGCUUAGCGCGGGUCCUCUGCGACAACACGGAUCAGCUGGUCACGCUACAGAGAUACCCGAUGGUGCUGGUCGACCACGCCAUAAACCCUCGAGUGUCUUGCUCCAACAGCCUGCUCCUUCCAGUCGUCGACCUCAGCCCCUGGCAAGACCUCCCAUAAUGACAGGAUCAGGUUGCAUCAUAUCCGAAGCAAAUCCUCCCAUUCUGAGAGCCAAACUAUGCCAAGAGAGUGCCAGCAGAAAAUGUAUAUUCUACGAGGAAUAAAAAAAAUACAGAAGCAAUCAAAGCGACUAAAAGGAGUAAACAUUAUGGGCUUCCUUCAUUCAGCAUAGAUGGCAAUUGAUGUACACACACCCACACCUCCUCCCACAUACACACAAAUAUAUAUACAUACAUACAUAUACAUUUACAUAGAUGUGUGUGUGUGUGUGUGUGUGUGUGUGUGUGUGUGUGUGUGUGUGUGUACAUAUAUACAUACAUACAUACAUAUAUGCAUGCGUGUAUGCAUAUUCGACGUAAUCUUACAGAAGAAGCGAAACAUUUUCGUCAGCAGGAUUACAUCUGACCCAAGCCUAGAUCGGACGCCCAUGACUAUGGACACUUCUGGGGAUAAUCUACACAGAAUAAGCUUGUUAUUUUCUGUAUCCAAUAUUCUGUAACAGGAAGAGACAGGGAGAGGGAGAGAGAGGGGGGAAGAAGGAGAGGGAGAGACAUAGGGAGAGGAAGAGGGAGAUUGAGGGAAGGAG